AGGUAGAACUUUUUAAGCCACGGAUAAAAUUAUUAUUGAAGAUGGCCAACCAUGGGGUUUCAAUUUAGAGACCCUUUGUAAACAAAAUUAUAAUUAUUUAAAAAACAAUAAUUAUUAAAGAAAGUUAGAGAAUGUAAAAGACUGAACCUCCUUUUAUUUGGAUCAGAUAUAUUUAAUUGUUGUUAUACCAAAAUGCCGCUGAUAAUAAUUACUGGUGUUCCGUGCAGCGGUAAAACAACGAGGAGUCUUGAAUUGCAGAAAUAUUUUGAGGACAGACUAAAGAGCAGUGGACAAAAUGUAGAAGUAAUUAGCGAAUACGAUACGAUAAUCAAGGCAGGCUACGAUAAAAAUGUAUUUUACGCAGAUUCUAAGAAAGAAAAAGCUGUUAGAAGCGCAAUCAAAUCAGACAUUCAACGGAGACUCAACACACGAGAUCUACUGAUAUUUGAUGGUAGUAAUUACAUUAAAGGGUAUCGAUACGAGCUUUACUGUAUGACGAAAUUGUAUAAGACUCCUCAAUGUACGAUACAUUGUGAUAUACCAGUAGAAUGUGCUUGGUUGUGGAAUGAUAAACGAGUCGAGUCGGAUCGAUAUAACAGAGAAAUUUUUGACUCACUCAUAGUAAGGUAUGAAACACCAGAUAGUAAAAACCGAUGGGAUCAUCCACUCUUUGCACUUACACCAGAGGAUGAAUUAAUGUGCGAUGAAAUUUAUAAAUCGCUUUAUGAAGCCAAAUCACCAAAACCAAAUCAAAGUACCCAAUGUCCACCAUUAGCGUCUACGAAUUAUCUGUAUGAAUUAGAUACAAUAACAAAAGAUGUAAUAGAUGCAAUAUUAUCGGCGCAACAACUGGGAAUAAAUAACGAUAUAAAGAUACCAGGUUCCAGUGUGACUGUACAAAGCACGGGCACACCUGCUCAAUUAAUGAGAUUACGGAGACAGUUUUUAAUUUACAGUAAAAUGCAGCAAAGUGGAAUUGAUCAGAUUACUGCAUUAUUUGUACAAUAUCUCAAUAAAAAUUUAUAAAUAAAGCAAGAAAACUACUAUA